UUUGUAUAUUUUUGUUAAGGGCAAUCGAUAGAACUAGUUGAAUUAGUUACGCAGCGUACAACACUAACAGGUUUUGACAAGUAAAUGGCUGAUUGUGGUUGUGGAUAGAUCGAUUGGAUAUAAACGCGAGAAAGGACUUGAUAGAUAUACAAAUAGUGCAAUAUAAUUCUAGUUUAUUCAAUAGUGAAUAACUUAUUGGUGUGUACAGUGUUAUUUUUUUGUUAAGAGGUCGUAAUGAACUGAACGCCGCGAAUAACUGUAUCGUCGGUCAACCGCGUCCGCAACCGGUAGAUAUUGACUCGCAACUAAUAACUAUAAUGACUGAAAAUAAUUAAUUACAACAAAGUUUUGUGUAAAAUGAAGUGAACAGACGUUAAAAAUAUGAUUUUAUGUGCAAAGAUCAUGGUUGCGGCUAAGUUACAUCAAGAAAAUGCAGUAUAAAAACAUCUUGAUUGAUUUGUAACUGCAAUCCUUUUUUUAUUUUUACGAGUUAGUUUUUGUGGUGGGAAAAGUGGGUUAGCGCGGUCAGCUAUGGAAACGUCGGUGCCUUUAGUAGAAAUAUCUGUGAAGCCCGAACCAGUGGAGGGUGACAAGGAGGAGGGCACAAACAAUGAAGACAGCCAGAAACCAGACAACUUACGAUCAGAAGAGUUAUGGAUAAAACCAGAGCCAUUGGAAGAUGAAUCUCAAGAUUCUAGAGAGGAAGAAACAUCGGACAACGAAGCGACGCUGGACGAUGAAGAUAUGAAUGAAGAGCUUCGGAGGAGCCGGCAACCCAAUGCGCCGUCGAGGAAACAGAUGAAGGUUUUCCUUGAUUUUCUGAGUGAACACACGGACCUUGCGAACUGUCUGUUGAGAGGGCCCACUGGCAGGGCCAAGGCUUAUCAACUUUGGGAAGAUAUUGCUGAGAAACUUAACACCAUCAGUGGUUGUACUAAAACUACACAACAAUGGCAGAGGGUCUGGUCGGAUAGAAAGUACGUGGCACGGAAGACGGCAGCAGUCCAUUUUGCGGCAGUAUCAACCGGUACGCCCCCUACUCUGCAGUUGACCCAGCAAGAUAAGAAGAUCCUCACUAUUUUGGGCGAGGCUAUACCUCCUAAGCCGGUUGUAUCAAACUACCCGCUACCCGCCUGGCCGAGAAAACCUGAGGCAAAACCAGAAGUAGUUAAACCAAAAAUGAAGGCUCAUGAAUUUCUAGCAGAGUCAUUAGCUCAAAAGCGAAAUGCGCUUAAAGCAGAACUUGAGCCGAAACCAAAACCGAAAGAACCUGAGGUACCGGAGGAACCGGCUGGUCCACCGGAACCGAAGAAACGCUACACUCCAUGGAAACCUCGUGCGAAAAAGAAGAAAGACGAUAAAAAUUCUUCUAGAAGAUCGGAAUCAAGAAUAUGUCAUCCUCCGAAAGUAGUAGUCGAAGUGAGAAAGACCGAUUCUCCCAAAACACCAGAAGGCAAGAAAGAUCCUCCCAGUGCAGCUGAAAGGAUAAAGUUUGAAGGUCCAGAGGAAGAGCCUCCUCCAACUGAACCAUCCCAGUCAGGCGUGUCGCGACCCCCUGAGAAUUCUAAGGAAGAUGUGCAAAGACCCAAUCCGCCAUUAUCUCCUUCUAUUUCGGAUCCCCCUUCGCCUCAGGCGGCACUGCCAGGAGAGGGAUAUCGAGGAGGAUUACGAUUGAAAGCAUGCAUGGAUCCAUACACAAAACAAUUCAUCAAAUUGGAAGAAGAAAGAUUAAAGAACGACCAAAAAAGGAACUCUGAGUUGUCAGUAAUAAGGGUGAAUUUACAACAGGGGACGGCUGAAUUGGCCGAAAUCAGACAGACAAUGCAAGAAAUGCUAGCAGUCAUGAAACAACUCCUAGAUCGAGAUGUUUAGUUAAAUAAGUCAAUUCUAUGAAAUAAUUAUUGUUAAGUUUAUUAAUAAUAUUUUUAUCACAAAUACAAUGACUUCUAUUGCAUUCAA